GUACCCGGAAGUGGUUCUGAUAUCGGAAACGCUUCUAUUUUCAAUGUGACUUUUUUCUGCUGCUCAAGUGCUUUAAAAUUUCUGCUUAUUAAUGCGCAGUUAACGUGUCAUAAUGUUUCUAACCACUGUUAAUUUGGCCAAAGCAAAAUCCAAGACAAUCCUGGUGCAGAUGGUAAGCGCUGCAGGAACAGGAUACUUCUUCAACACCAAGAGAAACAGACUGAAAGAUAAACUAGUCAUCCGUAAACAUGAUCCAUUUGUAAACAAGCAUGUAUUAUUCUUUGAGAAGAGGAAGAUUCGGUCUAUUUAAUGCUACUCUCAAGAAAAGAAAAUUAUCAAUGGACAAAAUGAAAACAUCUCAAAGUGGAUUGUACAGAGUUGCACCAGACUGGAUUAUGCAUUUAUUCUUAUGUGUUAGGAUUCUCACAUUAUACUUUCAAAAUGGACUUGCCAUCUAUGCUCCUUGUAUUAUAUUCUAUUUGUGGGAAAAAUUACUAAUGUAACUAUCAUUUGUUUAUGUGUGUGUUAAUGAAUAUACAUGACAUAUAUGCUGUAAACAAAAUUAUGAGCUAGUUUCCAUCUGUUCUCCUGCAUUCACUCUCAAACCCUCUCAUUAAGGCACAAGCAUACGUGGGCAGAGGCAAGGUGUGUCAAGUGUUUUCCCCAAGGACACAGUAUCAGUAAGAGUUACAACCACUGCUGCCCUGCUGUGGUACUUGAUAUUCCCAGCAUUCCCCUGUCCAAGUACUAAUCUGUUAAUCAAUUAGUUUCCGACAUAAGAUGAGACCAGGCUUUGACAAGUUGGUUAUGUAAAUGUAACUACAGUAUUUACAUUUCAAUUUUGUACAUUUUUAUUAAAAAUUAAGUGUUAUACAAUA